GCAAGAAACGCAACGGCAUUUUAUUGUAUACACUUGUAUAUAAUUCCCUCUCCUCAGGAUUGAAAGAUCGACAUUCUCUUCUCAUUUCCAUUCUGUCAACUUUUCCAUUUUCAAGAUUUAAUAUUCAGAAUGGCUUCUUAUGAUCACUUGCGUUGCAGAUGCGGACGUGGAGUUGCAUUCGUCAAAGAUUUAAGAAUUAAUGAGGGGAAUACUCUAGUAGGGAUCUUUACUCAUAUGUUUAAUGUUGAAGUAGCACCAGAGCAUGAGACAUGUCAAGCACUAGAAGGCAAAACCCUACUCGAUACUUUCUGUGUUAACUGUAGGGCCUGGCUCGGGUGGAAAGUUAAUGCAGUCUCCCAAGGCAGUCGUUAUGAGAAAGGACAAUUCGUGAUGAUGAUGGGGAAGCUUACUUACGCUAAUGGUCAAAUCUUAGAUCCAAAUGUUGAUCAAGAUGGAGGCGAUAAUAACGCUAAUAAUCAAGAUGGAGGCGCUAAUAAUGCUGAUAAUCAAAAUGGAGGCGCUAAUAAUGCUGAUAAUCAAGAUGGAGGCGCUAAUAAUCAAGAUGGAGGCUCUGAUGAGGAAAAUGUUGAUCAAGAUGGAGGCGAUAAUAACGCUAAUAAUCAAGAUGGAGUCGCUAAUAAUGCUGAUAAUCAAGAUGGAGGCGCUAAUAAUCAAGAUGGAGGCGCUAAUAAUGCUGAUAAUUGAUUCAUAGUUUCUAAAGAGCAUAUUGAUCGAAAUCGAAACAUUUGAACCAAUUACUGAUGAAAAUGCAGACAUCAACGGCUGAUGAUUCGUGAAGAUAUACACUUGCACUGAGUGCAGUCACUAGAGUUCAUAACUGUGUGAUAUUCAGCUUCUCUUUUUUUUCCGGGUUUUGGGAUUAGAAAAUCAAUUGAGAGUGAACAUUUUACAUUCAUAUUAGAGCUGGGGUACUUCCGUUCUGUAUAUGCUGCUUAGUUUCUCUUUAAUUUCUUCAUACAAAUCAUAUGAAUGUUAACUGAAGUGAACCAACUACAUCAAUGGCUUUUAUCCAA